AUGGCUCCUCCCAACUGGAGUCGUACCGGAUGCAUCACCUGCAAGCGUAGGCGCAAGAAAUGUGAUCGGGCACAGCCGGCUUGCAACAGCUGUGAGAAGCGUGGGAUCCAAUGCGAAGGUUACCAGCAGGUCUUCAUUACUCAAUCCCCGUGGCGUUGCUACAGGGUCACAGAGCCUGGGUCCAAGGCAAAAGGAAGACCCGGCACAACUGCCUCAGAUCCUACCCCGAGAGAGACUGCAUCAGAUCCAACACGUCCCUCUUCCUCCGGCAAGGUAACUCCCCAGCAAGAACUUGCUUGGGUCCAUCUCGUUUCUGGCCCGCCGAUAUUGGAGAAAGUUCAGGGUCACCCUGAAAAUGGUCCAUAUCAGCUUGCCACAGCAGAAACAGAGGCACUGCCGGCUGAAUCAAUUUCUUCCAAUGCGCUUGUAGCCAGGGAAGGCCUAACGGACAAGAAUUACAGCAAGAAUGAUACUAUAUCUGACGUGUCUGCACCUGAGGAACAGGACGAAUGUACAUCCCCACAAGAGGUGCCACUAGACCUCGGUUCUCUAGAAGAAGACUCAAGAGGGUACCUGGACUCAUUGUUCUGCUGUACAGAAGGCCCAUCCUCAAGAGAUGUGGAAAUGAGCAGCGCUACCAUUGACACGACGACUUUACUACCAACACUAAGCGCCUUUCCCAACGUCACAGAUCAAGACUUCUAUUAUCUACAGUAUCUCGAUGAGCAAGCAGCUACGCAGUUACUGAAUGUAGAUUCCGGAGUCUUUAACCCCCUUAGACGACUCAUUCUACCUAGAGCUUUGGAUUGUCCAGGUGUGCUGUACGGUAUUUGCGCAGUUGCUGCCUGUCACCAAGCUCAACGGUCUGACCCGGAGACUCGCAUCGAUCAGAACAUCAUAGCCACUAGGUUCUAUCUUAAGUCUGUCAACUGGCUUCAGUCUACAGUUGGUAUACAGGCAACCCAGCUCGAUCCUCAAUCCUCGUCAUGGGAUGAUGCCUCAGUCAUUACAUCCUUGUUGCUUUGCAAGUACGAGAUCAUCAAGGGAAGCUCGGCACACUGGAGAGACCAUCUUGGCGGCCUUGAGUUGUUGAUACAGAAAAAAGGUGGCAUUCACUAUUUAGAAGUCGAGUGUGCUCAAUACGUUGCGAGCUUUUUGCGAUACCACCGCAUGAUUGCAGACAUCUGUCACCUCGACAAGGUUACAAAUGGCCAAGAGAACAACGGCUUGGAUGUUAUGGCGACCUCUACCUUCUCCCUAGACGUAUACUCAGGAUGCGCACACCACCUUCUAAAGACCUGCCAUGAUAUUGCUCGACUGGCCGGUCGGCUAGAGUCUCAAGAAGCCGUCACGUAUACAGAUUUCGCAGAAACAGAGGCGAGGAUGUACGUUCAGGUCCAGGAAGACGUUCCCUCUACAUCUCAACCUUGUCCUUGGAUUGAAAAGGUCUUGCUAACGUGUAUCCUACCAAACAGCAUUUCUUCCUUGGGCACUUCAGUUAUCGAACCCGACGUACAGUGUUGGUCAGAUGGCACCACCGUAUCGCAAAUCAGCAGAUUGCUCUACGUCGCGCAACGCACCCGAUACGCCGCCUUCGUCUUCCUACACUCAGUAGUCGAACGAGGAAUCGAAUUAUGCAAAUUCGGAAACGCCGAGAGGGAUGCUCUGCGACUCCAGAUACCAUAUACCAAGUCACAAGCUUUGGAAGGAUGCCUUGAGAUGCUUGCUGAGGUCCCGAUCGCCCAGCACUGUGAAUUUGCCGGACUAGCGCUUGCAUUCUUCCUCGCCGGGUGCGAGGUUGAGGACGAACAUAGAAAGUAUCUUGUACUAGAGAAGCUUUUUCUUAUUCAGCGCAGUUUCGGGCUCGGUCACAUUGCUAGUGCGAAAGAAGCGCUCAUGAUGAUCUGGCAGCGAGAGAAAGGGGCGAGGCCGCAAGUCUGGUGGAAUACGAUGAGGGAUACGGGCUGGGAACUGAUUUUAUGUUAA